AUGGAUCUAUCACCUGUUGUUGAAGAUCAACCAAGCACAUCGAAUCUAGACCUCAGCUGGGACUCAGAUCAAGAUUACGAUGAAUGUGUAUACUACCAUGAAGGAAGCGAUCUAUACGCAGAGGACGUCGAUGGUCAGAUGGCGGUACUGCCGGAAGUGCCUGUGACGACGGAAGAUGUGAAGAUCGAGGAUAUUCAGCUAUGUAAUACCCUUCCGCCGGCGGCUAGAGGUGUGGUGUGCGAUAUCGACGUCGGAAGAGCGAGGCCUAUCGCCCUGAAGUGUCGUAAGUUGCGGAUCCAGUUCAGGGAGAAGCUGGCGGACUUGAUCAAGGGUCUGUUGUCUGCUAAGAUGGUCAAUUACUGUAGAUCACCAUGGGCCUCCCCGAUCGUGGUGAUCAUCAAGAAGAACGGAGUGGAUAUCAGGUUCUUAACUCAGCUGAUGAUCUAUCCAAUGCCCUUGAUCAACGACCUACUUGAAGAUCUGGAGUCGACACUUUGGUACUGUUCUUUGGAUAUGGCGAGUGGAUUUUGGGUAGUGAAAAUGACGGAUCAUGCUCGCUUGAUCUCGGCUUUUAUCACUCCCUUCGGGUUAUUUGAGUGA